GAAGCUCGCUAGCUGCGCGGCUCUUAGCGACGCUGCUAGUUAGCUGGCUGCACGGUUAGCUAAGGCUAGCACCUAGCUAACCUGCCGCCUCGACACGUCUGCGUCUUUAAAUGGCGAUUAAACAACAUCUUCCUGCUGACAGUCCGUUUAAAUACACGGUUGAGGUGCCCGCGUUCAUCUUGUGACAAACCGACACAUCUGUCAAGCAAUGGCGGAGCAGGCUGCUUCCUCAAACGGGGAUAAACAAGAGCCCACAGACGACUUCCUGUUUAAGUUCCUGGUGAUUGGCAGUGCUGGGACUGGGAAAUCCUGCCUCCUGCACCAAUUCAUUGAGAACAAGUUUAAACAGGAUUCCAACCACACCAUCGGCGUGGAGUUUGGAUCCAGAGUGGUGAACGUUGCUGGAAAGACGGUUAAGCUGCAGAUAUGGGACACUGCUGGACAGGAACGAUUCCGUUCUGUAACUCGCAGCUACUACAGAGGAGCAGCUGGAGCCCUCCUGGUCUAUGACAUUACCAGCCGGGAGACAUAUAAUGCCCUGACCAACUGGCUGACAGAUGCACGGACACUGGCGAGUCCCAACAUUGUUAUUAUCCUGUGCGGCAACAAGAAAGACCUGGACGCAGACAGAGAGGUGACCUUCUUAGAGGCCUCACGCUUUGCUCAGGAGAACGAGCUGAUUUUUCUUGAGACCAGUGCUCUGACUGGGGAGAAUGUGGAGGAGGGUUUUCUGAAGUGCGCUCGCAUCAUCCUCAACAAGAUAGAAUCAGGUGAGUUAGACCCAGAGAGGAUGGGUUCAGGUAUCCAGUAUGGAGACGCGUCGUUGAGGCAGCUGCGGCAGCCGAGAGGCACCCCCACACAGAAUAAGCAGCAUUGUAAUUGCUAGGGAUCGUGACCCUACGCUCACCUACAGGCCGACAGAGACAGGGCAUCCCCUACAGCUCCAGGUGUUUUUUGGUGUGUCGUCCCUCUCUCUGUGGACUCACACACCUUGGAUCACCUGGACAAAUGAUCGUGGAGAUCACUGCAACCCCUUGACCCCUGACCUCUGGUAAGAGUCAUUACAUCUUACCUGAAGGGGUCAGCAUUGCACCUGUGUCUGGACAGGGAAACCCCUCAUUAUGAACACAAUGUGAUCGUAAAGACGGGGAAUCCUCUUCUUCAACAAUCACUUUCUCAAGUCACUGACCAGACAAGGACAAGUCGGGGGUUGUGUAUAUGGGCUGCCCUGCUGUUCUUCUCUCUGUGUUUAUUUUUGUCAGCCUGGUUUCAGUAACAAUUUCAUGCUUUCUGCAUUUGCACGUCAUUGUUUGUAAGUUAUUUUCUGUAAAUUGAGUUGCACCUGUUCAUUGUUCAGACAGUCUGUUGGACUCAUGAUUCGUUUGUCACCGCUUUUGACUUUUUAUGUUCGAUGAUAUUUCUGUUUUUAUUUGCCAUUAUCUUCGCUGUACUUAUAAGUUCAGAGUUGUAUUGAUGGUGACUGAGUUAUAAAGAGUCUAAACAUAGACAGAUUUUGAACGUGAAAUUUUCAUAUAGAAAUUUAAACCAGAUGUUAUUCAAAUCAUUACGAAGGUUUCCGAGGUUUUGGCUGUUAAUACCUUUUAUCUGAUCUUAAGACUGAGGCAGCUCAUCAGUUAUUUCUGAUUUUUAAAUUGACACUUAAAUCCUAAUGCAGAACCCAGAUUUGUCACUCUGAUAUGUAGUCUUUUCUUGGUUUGCCUUUAAAAGCAUUGUUUUAAUGUAGAGUAUUGGCCUUAGUAAUAUAUGUGAUAUUGUGGAUCUACAGUAUAAUAUUCCCAGUCUCCAUGUCUCUAAAGUGUGAUAAGAACUGGUCCCGUCACAUCAUUCUACAUCCACAAAGAGAAGCCUGUGGUUCAGGUUGAAAGCACAAAAAAAGAGAACUAAUGCUCUUUAUUUUAUCCCAAAGUCUCAAAACUCUGUAGAUAUAUGUCAUCAGAUUCACACAAUGUUCAAGUCUCAGUGUCUCUGCUACGAUCACAGUGAAAGACAAACCAAGCGUCUUCAGUCUCUGCAAAACUAAAACUGUUUCUGACUCCUCCUGCUGCGAUUUCUCUCUCUCCAUGACCUCCCUUUGAUUCACACUGCUCUACAUGCACAUACUGCAUGAGGGACGUCACAGGAAACCACAGUUGGUUUUGCCUCAGUGCCAUGUUUGGGGAAACUUUUCUGCCGCCCACCCAGUUCCCUCACAGCAGCUCAAUGCUGUUGAAUCAUGCAUGGCUGUAAGUGCGCCCUGAUAAAUGUCAGGAGCCUGGAUUUAACCCUCCAAGUAGUUUUCACUUCUGAUCACUGAGCACGAAGCAGUUCUGCUGCAAAAUGUUUGUUGAGCCAACCCAGAUGUUUUGUCCUGAGAGCCGGCCCUGCUUUGCCCCAAAGAGAACCUGGGAAAUUCCCCUCUCAAACACGGUUUCCUCUUUCUGUAAAACACUGACGGUCUGAAUUGUGGCGCUGCUGGGAAUAUGAGGUUGUGAGUUAAUAACCCAAACUGCACUGCUUCUGUCUGCACCACUGAGGGAACAGGUCACACUGACCAAGCCGAAAGGAUAUCAUAACAAAAACUGCCUGCAAACUUCAACCCACACAUUUCCAAGCUUAGUCCUUGCACCAUCCUCAGUCAUCAGCUUUGCAGCUGGUGGGUUGAAACUGGAUUCCACAUCCACCUCCCCUUCAAUCAGAGCCGAGGCUAAUGGACUCAUCCACCAAGUCGGAGCCAUCCCUCAUGAUAAUACCGGGUCCGGACCUCCGGUCGGUUUCAUGUUCGGCAGGGUCAUGUAGUGAUGCAACAGCGUCCUGCUGGCCUCUGCAGGGAUGGUGUUUCCCUGGGUACUCUCCCUGACUCCCUGGAUGGAGGACGGCUGUCCCAUCAUAGGAUCCAUCCCUGACAAGCUAGCUUGGGGCGCCAGCGGGCUUUUAUGGAAAGGCAUGCACAAUGCUCACAGGCGCCCAGAGAAGUUAGCGAUUCUCAGGCAUGGUCCAGCAUGAGGCAUGCUGAACACACAGAGUGGGUAUCUGCCCCCGAGAUCUUGUUACCGCAUGUGCACAACCUCGGCAGCUCCUUGCUCUUGUCCAUGGUGAUGGCAGGGUCCAUGAUUGUAAUCUCCUCCAUUAAAGUUGGAAGCGGUGAGUAGCUAGUAUUGUGGCUAGCUACUUAACUCAGGAAGCUAUCCAGCGUUCAGGGGGCGCUCAGCGACCGUGUGGUUAGCUCGCUCUACGAAUAGUUUGCUAGCCCGUUGGGCUCCACCUGCCAUCUGAGAGGAUGCUCCCAGUAGCCUAAAGUCUGAGGUGAUGACAUGACCACAGGUUUGUUAAAGUAGUAGGAAGUCCCUCUAGUGGUCGACGUCGCAUCUGCCUGCCAGUCAGGACCGGCGUGGUUUAAAAUAGUUUCUGGUGGACAGCGCCGAGGGAUGAGAUAUUAUCGGAUAUCAAGAGAAAGAUCCUACAAUAUUGGCAUAGUGUGAUAGUUUGUCUCCUUCUGCAAGUGCACUUUUACUUUUGAAUUUUCAUAUUUUGUUUGUAUGCUGUAACUAUAGAAUUGUAAAUUUUAUUUGACUUGAACUGUAAUAAACAUUUUCAUUGUAGAUGUUAUCUGUCACGAGGCGUGUUUGUUUUUCACUUCCUGCUGACAUGGAGGUAACGAUGAAAGGAUGUUGACUUCCUGAGCUGCAGGAGGACGUCAGCAUCAUCUCGGAUCAAUCACAGUCACGAGUCA